CCCCGGGAAAGCGAAAGCGCGGCGGGCGGAAGCCGUGCCGGGCCGUGCCCUCCCCGCCGCGCCGCGCCGCACCGGGGCCGCACCGGGGCCGCACCGGGGCCACCAUGGCCACCAUCGGCGACUUCUUCCGACGGAGCCUGCGGCGCUCGGGCCGCAGAGAAGGAAAAGAGGAGACCCCAGCUGCAGAGAGCAACCCCUCGCGGGGGUCCCAGGGGAAGGCCGGAGACCACAGCUCUGUCCUCUACUCGGCCGGCCAGUUCUUCUUCGAGUACCUGGUGGUGGUGUCGCUGAAGAAGAUGUCGGACGGCCAUUACGAGCCCAAGAUAUCGUACCAGUUCCCAAAGCGCGAGAACUUGCUCAAGGGGCAGAAGGAGGAGGAGGAACGUCUCUUGAAAGCCAUCCCUCUCUUCUGCUUCCCCGACGGCAACAACUGGGCCCCCGUCACCGAGUUCACCAGCGAAACCUUUUCCUUUGUGCUGACGAACGUGGACGGCAGCAGGAAAAUCGGCUACUGUAGGCGGCUGCUGCCAGCCGGCCGCGGCACCCGCCUGCCCGAAGUCUUCUGCAUCAUCAGCUGCCUGGGCUGCUUCGGGCUCUUCUCCAAGAUCCUGGACGAGGUGGAGAAGAGGCGCCAGAUCUCCAUGGCGGUCAUCUACCCCUUCAUGCAGGGCCUGCGGGAAUCGCCCUUCCCGGCUCCAGGGAAAACCGUCACCAUUAAAAGCUUCAUCCCCGAGUCGGGCACGGAGCUCAUCGAGCUCACGCGGCCCGUGGACGCCCACCUGGAGCACGUGGAGUUCCAGGCGCUGCUCCAGCGGCUCAGCCCCCAGCUCAUCCUGCACAUCUUCGCCUCCGCCGUCCUGGAGCGGCGGCUCAUUUUCCUGGCGGAGGAGCUCAGCGUCCUGUCGCAGUGCAUCCACGCCGUGGCCGCUCUCCUCUACCCCUUCACGUGGGCUCACACCUACAUCCCCGUGGUGCCCGAGUGCUUGCUCGACACCGUCUGCUGCCCCACGCCCUUCAUGGUGGGCAUCCAGAUGCGUCACCUGGAGCGGGUCCUGGAUCAGCCAAUGGAAGAGGCUCUGCUGGUUGACCUGUGUGAAGGGAAGAUCCUCCGGGCGGUGGGUGACGAGGAGGAGAUCCUGCCCGCCAAGCUGCAGAACGAGGUGCUGACGUCCCUGAACCGGCACAACAACAACAACAACGUGCAGACAUCCGAGCAAGUGAACGCGCUCGUCUCUGAGGCCUUCGUGCAGUUCUUUGUGCGGCUGGUCGGCCACUACGCCUCGCACAUCAAGUGGGGCAAGAGCGGCCAGGGCACCUUCCAGGAGCGGGCGUUCUGCAAAGCCAUCGCCUCCAAGACCAACCGCAAGUUUGUGAAGAAGUUUGUCAAGACCAACAUGUUUUCCCUAUUUAUUGAGGAAGCGGAGAAGAGCAGGAUCCCCCAGGAAGCAUAUUUCCAGCAGAAAAUAACAGAAUACCACGAACAAAAGAAGCACCGAAGGGACUCCUGAAGCCCAGCCCGGGAAGCGAAGAGCAGGGCUGGGGCCGAGCAGGUCUCUGCCAGCAGACCCGACCCGCGUCCCAUCGGCAGGCAGAGCACGCUGGACGCUGCCGGAUCCAUCCGCCGGUGCCUGCCCAUCCACCUGCACCCCGUGAGCCACGUGGGCAGUCCGGACACCAAUUUCUAUCCUUUCUUUUUUUUAUUUUCCCUCAGGGCACGAUUGCACUGGAAAACUCUUUUGCACAGAGCUAGCGAGCAGGCUGUGAUUUCUUUCCCAAUCUUGCUAGCAGCAGGGACAAACCGCAGCUCUCGCGGUGCCCAGCCCCGCGCGGAGCCAUCGGGACCCCACGCGGGGACGGAGGGAAGCCAGGGAGCUGCCCACAGGACAACAAGGCUUGGAGAGUAAAUGUUAAAGAAAGAAAGAAAGAAAAAAAGAAUAGGAAAUUAGUUCUAAUUAAAACAAAGCUAGAUUUUGCAAAAGGUUACAGCCCGUCACAUGCAUUUCCAAGGUUUCUAUUAUUAACACUUGUUUCACUUUAUUUUCUAUCAAGAUACGCUUAGUAGCGGCAGGAACUCGAAAGUCUCGGUGGAUUUUAGUGCUGUUUCCUCUGCAGCAGCUGCCUGCUUCGCCGUUACCACCGUGAGCGACGCUCCCAGUUUAGCUCUCUGAAGAAACGAAAAUAUUCUCUUCCAGCAGGUUAUUUAUUUGUGCUGUAAUCAAACUGUGAAGGCCACAGGGCUGCGUUUGGUAGCGGAGGGAAACGGCGGAGCAACAGCCCUGGGCAGGGAGGAAGUAUUUGUUAAAAUUCAACAGCAAACCAUGUCGACAUUCUGCUUUUUCCUGGCUUCGGUGCCAACUGCCCUUAAAACCUCACGGUUCAUCUCAGCGCCGCCUCUGAAAGGUGAUGCCUGCAGUGGAUUUAAAGCCAGGUCAUGGUCCUCUCCUUUUCCUAACGUGUUCAUCUGGGCAAUGAAUAUUGCAGCGCGGAAAGCUGGCGCUGGCUGCAGACCUGCCCGGCUCUUCCCAGCCGAGCCGGGCCCAGAUGCUUCUCCCCAGCAAGGGCCGGGAUGGGAGAUGUAGCUUUGUCCUCCUAGCCUGGAUCACUCGGUCCCUGCUGGACGUGCGCUCGCGUUGGGAUGUUUAUCAAAAGCAGGGGUUGCUAUGCGCUUUGCCGUAGCGUUGAGUUGCCAUCAAGCAUCACGGUGAGAGAUUUUUGCACAAAAAAAUUAGCAAGGUGGCUGCCAGACAGCUUUCAAUUUCAGAGCUGUUGAGCAUCUGACUAAUGAAAACAAGACAGAUGCAAAAGGCAUUUAUUUUAAAAGUAACUGUGUUUGUGCAGUCAUGCAGGGGGGCGGUGGAAAAAAAAAGAGCUGCGCAGAGCAUAGAAACUGUGAACAAAAAUGAAACUUUCUAGCCAUGGUGAAAGAAAAUUGUUUAUUUUUGCUCAAAGCCCAUGUGUGCUGGGGGGAGGAAGGGAACUAUCUGUUAAAAAAUAGAGGGCUUUGGCACUGUAGAUAUCUUCCCUGGUUCCACAAGUUUCCCCUCCUGGGUAGAGAGAAUGCUACAGGUAUUUUACAGGAAAUUAAAGAUUAGUUGGUUUUUC